AUGGCAACAAUUGUUGAGAAGCGGGGUGGCCAGACCAUCUACCGAUCUCCCGACACAAUUGACCUCCCAAAAGUCGAUUUGCUAACGUUUUUGUUUGAUUAUCCCAAUGAGAGACUCAACGACGACACCAUCCUCCACGCGGAGGCCGCAGACCCCAGCAAGUCUAUCACCAAGGGGCGUUUGGUGACCACCCUGAAACAACUUGCUCACACCCUGCGCCAUAAAUAUGGCAUUCAAAAAGGAGAUGUCGUACAAGUCAUCUUCACCGGCCACUACAUGGCUCCGGCCGUCUUCUACGGCAUCAUGGCCGCCGGCGGGUCCGUCGCAGCGUCAACUCCGUCUUCGUCUCCGCCUGAAGUCGCCCGCCAGAUCAAUCUUACCGAGAGCAAGAUGGUCAUCUGCAGCCCUGAUCUGAAAGCUCUAGCCGCCGCUGGAGGAACGGCAGCCGGCCUGCCUGCAGACCGCAUUCUCUAUAUUGGUGACACACACGAGUUCAAGCUCUUUGAAGCUAAGACGGACAAGGAAGUGCCACUGUCAAAGGAAGAGUUGGAUUGGGAACGCGUCACGGACCAGACGCCCUUGGAGAACACUGUCGGUUGCUACAUCUACAGUAGUGGUACCACUGGCGUCCCCAAGGCCGUCAAGAUUUCGCACGCGAAUAUGAUCGCCCAAACAAUGUUCAUCUCCACGCCCACGAUCGAGUACUACAAGAAACGCCCCGGUCCUGGAAUGAAGUACAUCACCCUGGCUCAUCUUCCGGCAGCCCAUAUCUCAGGCCUGCAGGCAUACAUUGUGAACCAGACAUUCAUGGGAGGCGUCGUCUACUGGAUGAAAAAGUUCAACUUUCCAGAGUUUCUAGGUUACAUGAAGAAGUACAAAGUCACAACAUUCUUCAGCGUACCCCCAAUCUACCUCAUGAUCGCCAAGUCUCCUCUCGUCACAGACCAAUUUGAUUCUGUUGAAUUUGCGCUCACCGGAGCGGCAGCACUCGGAAGGGAAACGCAAAUAGAAGCGCAGAAAAAGAUUGGAAAGGGCAAGGGAAUCCUCGGCCAAACUUGGGGCCUCAGCGAAACAACAGGCGGCUUUACUAUUCUUCCUCGACAUAUGACUGACGAUACCGGCAGCGUUUCUCCGAUUGUCGCGAACUGCGAGGCUCGGCUGGUGGACGAGGAAGGCAAAGACGUCGAGGUUGGAGAACCUGGCGAGAUGUGGUGCCGUGGACCAAUCGUGACGAAGGGCUAUUACAAGAACGAGCAGGCGAACAAGGAGGCCUUCGUCGACGGCUGGUUCUGCACUGGCGACAGACUCUCUUUCAAGGAUGGCAAAUUUUAUUUUGUUGAUCGCAAGAAGGAACUCAUCAAGUACAAAGGAUUCCAAGUUGCUCCGGCGGAGCUAGAGGCCUUGCUAGUGACUCACCCAAAGAUCCAGGACGCAGCAGUCAUUGGCGUGGAUGGGGAAGGGACAGAGCUUCCAAGGGCAUAUGUGGUGGCGGACAAGAAGCAAAUCUCAGCAGAGGAUAUUGCUAAAUGGGUCGAGGGACAGGUCGCCAGCUACAAGAAGCUGCGGGGCGGGGUCAUUUUCAUAGAUGCUAUCCCCAAAAGCCCUUCUGGCAAGAUUCUGCGAAAGGACUUGAGGGCUUUGGUCAAACGCGAGACUUCUGCGAAGCUCUAA